AUGAGCACCACGAAUGAUAACUACGCGAUCCACAAGGUUUCCUUAAAGCGCACGCGUCAAGCAUGUGGGCCCUGCCGUCGGAAAAAGGCUCGCUGUCCCGGCGAAAAGCCGGUCUGUUCGUUGUGCCAGCGACUAGGGCAGCGCUGCGAAUAUGGGGCCCAAGCGGCAAUCAGUCGAACUCGAGUUCGGAAGGAAUCUAGCAGCGCUGGAUUGGACAUUGAUGCCGAUGAGCCCCAAGAGAACAAUGUCUCAGAUACGCAUGAUACGCGACGUCUUCGGCAAAUUGAACAAAGGCUCGAAGAAAUCAGUUCUAUGCUUCAUGACCGCUUACCUCAGAGUAAUAUACCGAUCAAACCUCCGAGUCUGAGUGAAUAUCUUGCGCCCAUUGGGGAAAGUAUUCAAUCCAAUCCCAGUGCGACGAUUACUGGCCCGAUUGAUCAAUCAGUCGCUCGACCUGGCGCAUCUCCAAGUGACAAAUUGGCACCCUCAUUGAUUCAAUCCGAGGUGGAUGUUUACAUGAACCACCUCCAUGAUCAGCCUUAUUGUGUGUUCCCGAAAAGAUGGCUUUUACAGAAUGCGAGCAACCUACCGCCAGAAAUUGCAUUCCCACUCGUGGCUCUUACACUUCGCCUCUCCGUCAAUUCACCUGGGCUUUUUGGGUACGAUAUUUCAACAGGAAAGCACUGUGCUGAACGCGCCUGGGAAAUCCUAUCCUCUCACCAUCAACAUGGUAGAACUGGACUUUCAUUUCUUCAAGGAAAUUUCCUCAUGGCCCAGCUGGACUUGGCCGAUGGAAAUUCUCACAGAGGAUGUUCAUCAGUUGCACUUGGACUCCGCGUGAUACAGACCCUGGGAAUGAACCAGGACAAGAACCUCUUAGCCCUGAGCCAGACUGAGGUGGAAUCAAGGAGGAGAAUUACUUGGGCAUAUUUCAUGCUUGAUCGCACCUAUAAUGCCUCGCGAAAUUAUUCAUUGUGUCUUUCCGACACUCGCUUUACACUUGACUUUCCAUCCCGAGAAGGAGAAAGAACAAGAUCUCGUGGGUCUCUUCACGAAAAGUCCAUCAAGCAAGGUCAUAGAGUUGAUCAGGGAAUCAUGGCAUGUUUACUUCGCCUCUAUUCGCUUUGGGGCAAAGCCACAGAGUGGGUGUUUGAGUCUAUGUCAACGUCCUCCCUCCCACCAUGGCAAAGUGGAUCCGCUCUGGCGAUACUGGAAUCAGAAUGGAUGCAGUUUGAGACCCAGUUUGCAGACACCCAUCGCUAUAUGAAUGUUGAUUUCAAACGACGAGCCCGCGAUGAGCCACAAUCUCGGUCAUACCUCUUGACCUGGCUAUCUGUGCAAUUUUUGUUCCACUCAAUUCCUUGCCUACUUCACCACCCCUUCGUGACCAUGAUAAAGCUACGGCACAUGCCCGGAAACCUAUCGGCAACAUUUCUACAAAAGUCUUUCGAGACCUCUUUGAUUCACUCGCGAUGGAUCUCGAGGUUCAUAAGGGAGAUGAACGAAGUAGAUCUCCGAUUAUAUGACCCGUUCUUUGGAUAUCUAGCUGCGAUUGCUGCGACAAUUCAGCUGGAGCAUACGGGUAACAAGAACCCGAAAAUUGCGCUUCUUUUGAACAACGAAUAUCGAGAUCUCGUUGCGUUUAUGACUGAAAUGUCUGCUGAGUGGGAUAGCAUGAGAAUAUUGGUUAAUCGAUUGAAUGAAUUGGCCGCCCGCCAUCAAGACUAUGGGUCACUUUUUUACAACCAAGAUGGAUUUUCCGGAACCUUGUCAAACAUGGCAACUCCAUCUAAUCUCCCUCGGAUGUCUGCCCAGGAUGAGUCGUUGAUGUGGGACAUACUUGACCUUACAUCACUUGGCUUCAGUCAGACAUCGGAGAUAUCAGGAAUGAAAUCUCCCACCAGCAAUGAAGUCGCAACAGAUGACAACGAAAUUUCUAGAUCUUUGACGGACGAGGAUCUGGAAGAUCACGAAGUCGAGUCUCCAAACCCAGCUCACAAACCAGCUCUACUUGGUGGAGAGGUGUCGGAAUCGACACAUGAAAUUCCAGGCCCUGAAUGGCCAUUCUCUAAUCAAACUGGCAAUCAUACCAUGGGAUCCGGAGUGCCAGAUAUCCCGGAUUGGAUGAUCUUUGGGGACCUGAUGACAGAGCAUCUGUGA